AUGUUGUCCACCAUAGAUAUUCGAGAAUGCCAUUUCAUGGGACCGAUCCCCAAGUCAAUGACAAACCUUACACGAUUGGUUUCUUUGUGGAUGGCUCACAACAACUUGAAAGGUCCAGUUCCGUCAUUCAAUGGGGCUAAGAAUUUGGUGGACAUAGACCUUUCCAACAAUGGUCUAACAGGUACUGUUACUUCCACCAACUGGAGAAACCUUACCAAGCUAUCAUCUCUUUGUCUGAGAUUCAAUAAGCUCGAUGGGAAUAUCCCAUCAUCUCUGUUUUCUUCUACCUGGUUGCAGUUUUUAGAUCUAUCCCACAAUCAAUUCUCUGGUGAAUUCCCUGAAAUUUCUAACGUGUCUUCUUACUUGCUGAAUGGUCUUUAUCUUCGAGUUGAUUUGAGUCACAACUAUCUAAAAGGGCUGAUACCUACGUCAAUCUCUAGUUUGCAAACUCUUGACAGUCUUGAGCUGUGUUUGAGCAGCAACAAUCUUGAAGGGCAGAUACCUAUGUCUAUCUUUAGCUUGAAAGGUCUUGUCACUCUAGAUCUUUCUUCAAAUAAUUUAAGUGGCUCGUUUCCUCUUAAUCUUCUACACCGGUUGAGAUAUCUUUCGGUAUUUGAUAUUUCGCACAAUGACUUGAUUCUUAGCCAUGAUUAUACCAAUUUCUCAGAUCCCUCAUUUUCCGAACUAUAUCAAGUGAAUUUAGUGUCAUUAAAGUUGAGAGCCAUUCCUAAUUUCUUGAAAAAUCAAUCUAACAUGGUGAAGUUGGACCUUUCAGAUAACAAGAUAAGUGGCAAGAUACCAAACUGGAUUUGGAGUUUGAGUAUUCUUGUCUACCUAAAUCUUUCUUGCAACUCCCUAGAUUCUCUAGAACUUCCAUCAAUUAAUCUUACUCAUGUAAAUUACCUGGACCUUCAUUCCAACCAGUUUCAUGGGCAAAUCCCAACCUUGCAACUACUUCCCAAUGUCAUUCAACUAGAUUUGUCGAGGAAUUAUUUCAGCUCUAUCAUUCCGAGUACCAUUAGACAUGUGCUUCGUUACACUAUAUUCCUCUCGCUUUCGAGCAAUAACAUCAAUGGGACCAUUCCAGAAUCAUUAUGCAAUUUUAAAUUUCUUCAGGUGCUUGAUAUAUCCAAUAAUUUUUUGAGUGGCAUGAUUCCACAGUGCUUAACUAACAUGAGCGGGCUUGCAGCACUCAAUUUAAGGAGGAAUAAUCUUACAAGUGUUGGUGAGUUCUCUCAUAAUUGCAGUCUGAAAACACUAGACAUUAGUGGAAAUCAGAUUCAAGGCCGGUUUCUAAAAUCUCUUGUCAACUGCAACCAGUUGGAGGUUUUAAACCUUGGAAGCAAUCUGAUUGCAGAACCAUUUCCAUGCUUUUUGAGGAACACAUACACAUUGCGUGUCAUUGUCUUGCGAUCCAAUAAAUUUUAUGGGCGCAUUGGAUGUCACAAGACUAAUGACACUUAUUGGCCUGUGCUUCAGAUCAUAGACCUGGCUCAAAACAAUUUUAGUGGUGAAAUACCUGGAACAGCUUUGACAACAUGGCAAGCGAUGAGGACUAGCAAAGACAAUGCCCCAGCGAAGAUCAGAAACCUUCGAUAUGGGAGAGUUGGUUAUCAAGUAGACACAAUCGUGGUUACCAACAAAGGUCUAGAAAUGGAGCUGUUGAUUGUUUUAACUAUCUUCACCUCCAUUGACUUCUCAUCAAACAAGUUCAUUGGAUCGAUACCCAAGGAAAUUGGAGAACUCAAAUUAUUGUAUUCCCUCAACUUGUCGAACAAUGCCUUCACAGGUUCAGUUCCAUCAUCAUUAAGCAACUUGAGUCAGCUAGAGGCCUUGGACCUCUCGAAAAACAAACUGAGAGGUCAAAUCCCACCGGAGCUUACAAAACUCACUUUUUUGGCAUUCUUGAAUCUUUCAUAUAACGAAUUGGUCGGGAGGAUACCCAGCGGGGCUCAAUUUUCAACAUUUGAUGCAACUUCUUUUGAAGGAAAUAAAGGAUUAUGGGGGCCUCCUCUAACAGCAGAUAAAAGAACAGUAUUCUCGCCGAAGCCUGCUGAAGGAAACCAUUCAAAUCCUGGACAUGAGAUUGAUUGGGAUAUUAUCUGUCCUGAAAUUGGGUUUACAUGUGGGUUUGGGAUUGCCAUCGGGUCACUUUUGUUUUGCAAGAGAUGGAGGAAAUGGUAUUACAGAGCUAUGUAUAACAUGCUUCUCAAGAUAUUCCCUCAGCUGGAACAAAUAUUGGGUCAUCACAGGAGACAUGUUUACGUACAUCAAAGAUACUGGAGACGUUGA